CGGCGCCACAGAUCAACCACCCCUGGAGGUCUCACAGCCAGUAUCUAGUAGCAGCAGGCAGAUGUAUUGUUCCUCUGGUUGUAGUCACCUGUGCCCGAGAUACACAUGGCUAUUAUCUACUAUCCUGAUAAGCCUCCCCAAGUGGCUUCUCAGACCCUAGCCCAGGCCAAGUUUGUGCCCAGCCUUGGGUUGCGGUGGAGCGUGGUGGCAGGAACGGCAGCAGGAACACUUAACGUUGGACUCGGGGCCGCCAGCAUGGCACUGGCGGCAAUUUACUAUGACCACUGCCAUCACCAACCCCACUUGCCUAUAGGACUAGCUCUACACGGUGCAGCGCAGGUGGUGGCAGUGUUUGGGCUGGCCCUGCGUGCUGACCUGAAGGCUCACCUCCAGCACAGCUUACAUGAGGCACGGCUGCGGCAGCGAGGCAGGAGGAGGAACAAGCGGUCAUAUCUGUACCGCAGAGAGCAUCGCGUGUACAAGAGCCUCAGCGUGGAGAACCUGCGGGUGAAGACCUUCGGCCUCAUCCCCGAGGAGCGGGCAGUGGCAGGGCGGCAUCGGGCAUGGUGGUGCAUCACAGCACAGGUGUUUGCCGGCCUCAGCGUCUCCCUCCUCCCACCACUCACAACCCUCGGUACAGUGGACAUCUACGCCUUACAACGCCAAGAUUCCCCGUCGUCCUGCCACCCAACACUCCUCACCUUCUGCCAGAUCGUUUACUCUGCCUAUGAUGUCCUUUACCUUGUGGUUUUCCUGGUUUGGUUUUGCUUCACGUCUUGUGAGCCCAUAGUGCGGGGCCACGCUAACCUCCCCGCCACCCCCCGCCCCGCCCCGAGACUCUCCCCAGAGUUUGAGGACAAGUUCAAGCACCCACCAGGUCACUAUCAACUCCAACAGCUUUUCAGAAACACUCCCAACAUCUGUCCUCCACCAUGCACAUCCUUGGGAGUACCAUUAGUGUCUUCACCAUUCAUAAGCAGCUUUACAAUGAGUUUCCUUUCAUAGCAAUCAAAUACAUCUUCUUGCUUGAGAUGAAAUGUUUAUUGUGAUGGUAAGAGCUAAUAUGAUACACUUUCAAGAAGAAGGUAAGGCAAAUUCAUAGAUACCAAGGAUAGUUAGGGUUUGGUUAACAGGAGCUGCCAUGUAUAGACCUACCAGCCACUUGCACUCCUCAUGUACACAAGCUUCUGGAGGAGUUGCAGUGCACACUUACACACACACGUUAGCACUGCUCCCUUUUCCUCUGCAAUAACAGCUGCCAGUUGGUUCAUAGUGCAGCCAGUAAAAACUUUAAUCAUAAUUUCAGAUUUCUUCCAAUUUUGUAUAUGAAGGUAGUAGCAUCAUCAUCAACACAGACCUGACCUUCACUAUGCAGUGCUGUAUUAUGGCAAAUCUAUUAGAGGAGUCAUAAAUUUACCCAAACUUUUCCAGCAAUAUCUUUUUUUCAGUUCCUUCAAGGCUGGGGUUGGGGUGUCCAACUUAGUUUCCCUAUAAAUGUGAAGCUCUUUGGUAAACAAACACCUUGUUUUCCAUUCUCUAAGAUUUCUUUAUAAGGCAGUGAUUUAGGAUUAGAAUAAAUCUAUGGGCAGGCCACCUAAUUAGAAUCACAGGAACUGUGAUCUUUAAUUUUUGUGCAGGCUGGGCAUGGCUGUGCUGGUUAAGGGCUGGAGUGAGUCUUGUCUACAUGUUCCUGGGCCUCCCCAUGCUGGAAAUCGGCACCAUAUACCUGAGCCUCUGUUCUCCCCAUCUUGCUGUGCCAGGCUGGCUCCUUGGUCAAGGUGGGUGUUGUGGCAAUGUCUGUCCUUUCAUUGCCCUUUACUAAGAAAGUGUGUCUGCUGUUGAAACAAUUCAGCUGCAUCCACAUCAUCGUGCAGUGGCUGGUGGGCACUAGUAAAAAGUCUACUAUAAAACACUUCCCGACAGCUAUGAGGAGAAAACUACCAGGCAGCCCCGAGCCCAUGGUAGAGCAAAAUCCCCCACCUUCCAGUGGUUUUGUGCUAUUCUCCUGCAGCUACACUAUGUAGUUACACUAUUCUCAUCUUUCUUCCAUCAGCGGAGUUAUAC